AGGCGGGGGGGGGGGGGGGGGAAGAGAAGCCCCGCAAGGGCAGAUCCGCAGAGCUGUCGCUGCUGCUGUCGCUCGCAAUGAGCCGCUCUCGGAGCGGAGCCUCCCCACGUAGAAAAAUAAAAAAAUAAAACGGCCAGGGCGAGGGAGCCCGAGGCAUCCCCGGCACGGGGGGAGUGCGUGUGUGUGUGCGGGGGGCUCCCCGCCGCCCCCCGCCGCACCGCAGCGUGCGGGCACCGAGCGCGAUGCGCCCCGGGCUGAGCUCUGCGGAAUAGCGCGGCCGCCGCCGGGCUGGGGGCGGACGGACCCGACCGCUGGCAAUUCCCUCUUGAUGUCCAUGAAUGCAAACACCAUGAUUUUCAUGAUCCUGGGCGCCUCUAUCGUUAUGGCAAUAGCUUGCUUGAUGGACAUGAAUGCGUUGUUGGACAGAUUUCACAAUUACAUCUUACCGCAUCUGAGAGGGGAAGACCGAGUUUGUCACUGCAACUGUGGAAGGCAUCAUGUCCAUUAUGUUAUUCCAUAUGAUGGGGAUCAGUCAGUGGUGGACUCCUCGGAGAAUUACUUUGUGACUGACAAUGUAACCAAGCAAGAGAUUGAUCUGAUGCUGGGACUUUUGCUGGGCUUUUGUAUAAGCUGGUUUCUGGUGUGGAUGGAUGGGGUUCUCCAUUACGCAGUGCGAGCCUGGAGAACUAGCCGACGGUAUGACAAUUCCUGGUCUUGGAUUCCAAAAUUUUGUAACUUAAAGGAGUUCAGAAAACGUCAUCACAGGCAGUACGAGGAGGCGACUGGGAACAUGGUGCACAUCAAACAGAAGCUGUACCAUAACGGGCACCCUAGCCCACGGCACCUCUGAGGAAUGCCUUCCCCUCCAGAGACUGCAGUGAGGUUUUAAAAAGGACUUUGCUCUUCUUCCAGGGGAACAGCUACUAGUUUGCUCCUCUAUGGAAGCCAACCGAGGACACAAUUUUACUUAUCCAUCCUGUGUGUUCCUGUGGCACACCACGAUGCACAACUAAGCCAGUCCUGGAUGCUACGCAGCCAAGACAUUGCACUGUGUUCCACAUUUUAUUGUCAGACUUGUGUAUAUAUGUAAAAAGCAGACAAACAAAAACAAACAAAAAAGAGAAAAGAGAUUUGCAUUAUACUUUCAACCCCCCUUUCCCUGGCAUUCACGGCUGUCCUGCACAUCCAGCUACCCUCUGGGGAAUGUUGGCCGAGGGUACGGAGGUGGGACAACAUGAAGAAGAUGCAGAGUUUCUCAUCCAGGAGCUCAAGUCCCCCGUUUCUUUGGUCCUUUGGCUUGGUUUUGCUGUGCUCUGUUCCUUCCGUUGCUAGAAUGGCUUGGCUGGUCACAGGUUUGGAUGGGGACUGCUGCCAGCUGGUCGUGAAGGCACAGUGUCUCUUUUGCUUUGGUUCAUGUUUUGGGGAGUUGCUGGGGGGGAAGGAAGGCCUGGGAAUAUAUAACUGAUUUGUCGUUUGCAUUGCUAUACCCUGAAACCUGCCUUAAGCGAUCCAAGAAAUCUUAGUACCAGGGGAACAGCACUAUAAGGUAUUAGUCCAUUUAACAGGGCUGGUGCCGGCUGGGUUACGCCACUUUUAUAUUGGUGGUACCUUGCUGAUGUCAGUGCUGUUAUUCUUCACUAAUGCUAGAGAGGAGUCCCUCCUGGUGUGCGGGGAGAAGCGUAUCGAGCUGAAUGGUGUUAGAUCUGACUUGCACCCUGAUCAUACCCCUCUGCUGCAUAAGCACGACCCCCCCCCCUUGCCUGGGAGGAAAGGAGCUACUCUGCCCCUCUUUUUAGAGGGUGAGAGCCUGGGGCGCUGGUUAAUACCACCCUGAGAAACAGUGCAGCGAGAGGGUCCUGUUAACAGUCCCACUCUUCCUGCACGUAAACAGCCACAUAUCUCCUCCCGCUACUGCUCCAAGCUGGAAUAGCACUUCAGCAGCAGGUUGGGCUUGGCUUGAGGAACACAGAGAGGCGUGGGCCUGAAGCCAAACUCGUCUACGGCAUCAAACGUCCCAAUAAUGGGUUGAAUCAAAGUACGAGGAAGCUCUAACAUGGUUUUGCCUUCGCUUCCCCUGGUCGCAGCUUAGGUGUGGGUUUCGAGGUAGCUAGCAAGUGUCUGAAACCAACCUCCACAUCCCAAGACCUCCUUCGCUUCCAGUCAGAGUUGCCCGAAGGAGUUGAUAAAGCCCGUGUGUACCUAGACGGCACAGUGGUAUCCGAUUCCUGGAGCAGUCAUGUUCUGCUGGGGGAGAAAAGCAAAUGAAUGCACCCAGACUGCAUUGCUUUUGCACAUGCUGGGCAGCAGUCAGCAGUAGCCCUGCUGGCUGCAGUGGGAAGAGAGAGAUUUUUAUUGAGAGGAAUAAGGGAGGGAGGCACUAGCCCCAAGAAUUUAAGGUGGUAGCCCUGAAUCCCAAUCAUUUGUCCUUCAUCGAUCAUUUUGUAUUGAGAGGGCUUGUGCUUAAAUGGGGAAAACAUCCAGAACGAAAGGAUGAUGAAUAUUAUCAGAAACUGCUGGUUUCUUCCAUGGAUUCCUUGACUCUGCCAGUGGCCUCCUAUUGUUUGAUUGCAAUGUCUGUGAAGAGAAAAGGACACCAUGACUCCCAGCUCUUUUCCUCCCUGCUUCAGCUUCUGUGUCUUGGGUUUGCUUUUUUUUUUCCAUUGUUUCCUAUGCCCAGGAUCAGUUCAGUUAUUUACACGCCCCAAAGCUGGCCAAGAGCCAAACUCACCUGUUUUUCUGCCAUUCUUACCUUUGCUAUUCCCUAGUGCCUCUUGUCUUGGAGCCCCAGUUUCUGUCUGGGCCUAAUAAUUGCCUGGUCUAUACUUAUGUCUGUCUGCUUGACUGUCUGUCAUUCAGGACUUCCUAUGGUCUGCAGCCACCUGUUAGUAUCUAAAGAAUGACUUUUCCUUAAGCAGCUCCUUUCCAAGAUACAUGGCUUUGCAACCUCCCUCACUGUAGGAGCUUUGCGCAUUUGACCAUAUGGGCUCAUCCUCAAGUGGCAUAAGACGCUCACUUCAAUGGAGUGUUUCUCGUACAAGGCCAGAUGAGAGCUGGCCAAACAGCUGUUCUGUUUGCCCUUGUGUGAUGGCACACACUUAACUGACAGCAAAGAAUAGGUACUGUAUUAUAAAACAGGUACAUGUCACGGACAUGUCUUCAGAUGGGACAACGUUUUGCGGGGGAGAAAAUUCCAUCGUGAUAAGGACAAAUACUGAGUCUCUGGAACUAGUUGUGGGGAAAAAAAGCACUUUAAAUAAUCUUCCCACUUGGAGCCUCUCACUAGAGAGACUUAAGGCAGUGACCUAAACUGAGACUGAACUGAAAGUCUGGUUCUGCCCUGCUCUAGCAACUGACCUUAGUUGAAAUGUCAUUAAAUAUUAAACUUACAACUGGAAAGAGUGAAGUGAUGGCUCACACUGAUUAAGUCUGAUCCACACCAGAAUUUCAGAAGGAUACGAGGCUCUGGAAGAGGGGAAAAAAAAAAUCCUACAUAGUACAUAUACCCAUUGUUUAAGAACAGACGUUUUUUUAAUCUGCUGUGUCUGCAGCUAUUACCUUGUGAGCCUCUCUCUUGUUUACACUUAGUCAAAAAAUAAAACAAAAAAUACCCUCAGUGCAAUUAAAUUUACUGGGAGUAAUUCACUGGUCUUAAAUCCAAGGAAACCAGAAAUACCCUCGUAGAGCAAGGUUUGUCCCAGCACACACUAAACCAAUGGGAUUAAGCCUGGGGAACUGACUAGGCCUUUGAUUCUCAUCCUUAAUAAAUAAGGGGCAAAGUUCCUUCCCAUGCAGGAAGGCCAGGUCCUAUUCCUGACCCGAGAGAUCUGAUGCAUCUUCUGUGCAGGGGUGAUUUCAAACAGCCAGCUUAAUAGAGACACAAGGUCAGAUUCCCGGUGCGAGGUGCCUUUUUCCUCUGAGUUUAGGAAGCUACUGUAGAUUUGACCCUGUGUAACAGAGAUCAGAAAAUGCCUGUUGCUGGGACUGGAUAACUUUACACACCAAGUAAGGCUGCAGCGGUGAGAACUCCCAGCACAGGAGCAGCCCAGGUCCCACGUGCCAUUUAACCCGUGUUGGUAUGCAAAAGAUGCCCGUUGUUGCCAACAGCCAAGUGUCCGCCGUGUUGCCUCUUUGGGGAACGAGAUGACAAGCCCCCCCAGAGAAGCAGAAGGUAGAAGAGGCAGCUGUGUUUUGAGCAUUGCAGAACCCCAGUACCAGUUGUAUUGCCCCAAGCAGCACCUGCUCUCUCUCUGCUUGAUAUCAGCACUCUUGUCCCCAUCUCAUCCCCUCAGCUGAUUCUGCUCGAGGUGUGAGCCUUACCAACAACGUCUGACUUUGUGGUCUCUUGUUCCUCUGUCCAAGUGAGGUUGCUACUGUCGCUCGCAGCUCGGUUGUCUGUAAAGUCUGCCGUCGCACUGUCUUCUUCUCCUGUGCUUGUGUUCGUUUUGCUUUUGUCUGGUUGUGGGGGUGCUUUCUCCUUGUUUAAUUGUCUGAGGUGUACUAGUGUUGACUUGUCUGUUGUUCUCUUACCUCUGAUCCAGUCUUCACGCACAAAAAAAAACCACAAACAAACAAACAAACAAAAAGAACACAGAUUGAAACAACAAAACCCAAACCCAGCAGCAACCUCAAACAAAAAGGGUUCAGCUGGGAGAAAGCGACUUUGGCAUCAGGGAGUUGGCGCAACAAGGUCAGGGCUAGGCAAGAUACCGGUCGGAACCUGUGGAAGAGAAAACACGGGGACGCAAAGCUUACAGCUGGCAGCUGCGUCGGUAAUGGCAGCUCUGUAGGGACAAAGGAGUGGGAAGUGUGCACCAUGUCUUAGCGCUCAUCCGCCAGAUGCUUUGAGGGAGGCUUCUGCAGAAUUAGAUAGUGGGGGGAAUUUUGUGCCGCCUCAGGAUAGGCUAUUUUUAGAGCAGAGACAGAGCUUUAAAACCGUACGUGCCAAUUCUCCAGAGCUGGGAUCGGUACUGGAAACGUUCUCCCGCAUUUUUGGUGCGAGGAGCCCAGGUCUGGCUGCCUGCACGCCGAAUGGGUGCGUGCUGGCGGUGGGGAUCUGUUGCAAAGGAGAGGUGUGGAGACACAGGUGGAGAAGAGCAGAGGCUUGUGAAAUCCGUUAUACCAAUGAGUAGCUCCUUUUUGAAUUCAAGCAGCCACUUACCAGCACUGCUGAAUAAACCCCUUGCCCCUCAGUGAGAUCCCUGAAGGUAGCGUAAAGCUAAACCCGUUCUAUGCCAACCUUCUUUCCAUUCUUACCACCUUCUUUCUUCUCAAGAGAGCCACACAUUAAAGAGCAGGCCUGUCAAGCUGGUCGUCUCCUCCACUUUGCUUCCUAUCUGGCAUCUGUCAUUCCGCCACGUUCAGUGGCUCAAAUGGACGCGGGGAAGGAAGAAGUGACGGGAUGCCAAAUUCACCGUAGGCGUAAGAAGUGCCGUGCCGGGGAGGGGCUAGCGGAGCUGCAUAUUGCUUCAGGAACGAGAGGAAAGGAAGGGCCAAAAGCCACCACACGUGGGAUUUCAAGCGUAGCCCAGAGUAGACCCAGGUACUAUGCGUGCCUUCUUCAGCCUGCUGCUCCGACACAAUGAGAAGGAGCCUUCCCCUUUGAGGAACAGUUUGGGAAGGUGUCUCCUGUGAUACCAGCCAUCCAUCCACCUACCAUGCCCUGUUAUUUCUCAGCUAGCCCUUGAGCCAGCCAGGGACACAUCAGCCGGCCCAUCCUGGCUGAAGUAUCUGGCAGCACCUAUCGAUAAACAGUAAAAGACCAGAACAGAGCCCAGAAUGCAGGUCCCAGGCAUUCACAGCACAGUGGAGUGGUUUUAGUUACUCUCACUGCUACUCUCUACCUCAUUUUCCAGUUGCACUCAGCUGGGAAAAGAGAAUCCCUGAUAAAAAGGGGUACUAAAAAGAACCACUAAGAUGAUUAAGGGACUGGAGCAUCUCUCCUGUGAGGAAAGGCUGAGAGAGCUGGGACUACUCAGCCUAGAGAAGAGAAAGCUCAGGGGGGUCAAUGUAUAUAAAUACCUGAAGGAAGGGUGCCAAGAAGAUGGAGCCAGGCUCUUUGCAGUGGUGGCCAGUGACGGGACCAGAGGCAAUGGGCGCAAACUGAAACACAGGAGGUUCUGCUUGAACAUCAGCAAACACUUUUUUACUGUGAGGGUGACCAAGCGCUGGGACAGGUUGCCAGAAAAGUUGUGGAGUCUCCAUCACUGGAGAUAGUCAAAAGCCAGCUGGACAUGGUCUUGGGCAGCCUGUUCUAGGUAGCCAUACUUGAGCAAGGAGGUUGGACCAGAUGAACUCCAGAGGCCCCUUCCAACCUCAAACGUUCUGUGAAAAAUAAAAAAUGCCACGCAAAUGGUGUCAGGUGAGCUGAAGCCCGCUGGCUUUGCAAGAGACCAAGAGUUGGUACUUCAAGACCACAGCAGGCAGUGCAAACACAAACAUCGAUAGCCUUUGCUUACCUUAGAUAAGGUCUAGGCAAGCCGAGGCAGGAGGAAGCCCUGGGGGAGCCAACGAGGGAAAUCCUGAUCCAAGGUUAUUCCCCAGCUCGGGAGAAAGCACAUCGUGAAGAAAACAUUUCAUGUGUACUGGCUCCCCUGGAAAAGGGAGGUCAGUGUUCACCCUUCACCAUCCUUCGUAUGAAGGCUAGAGGCUUGCAGGCAAUCAAGGACACAGGGAGCCUCAGUCUCAUUUCAAAUUUCUCUUCGAGAUGGCUUCACAGCAGCAGUUUAACAUUCAGUAUGGCAUUGAUGAAGAGCGUGUGUGGGUGAACAUGGAGGUGAUGAAGGCCUCUUCUGCAUUCAGGGGGCUUUGAAGGUAGAAAUAGCCAACAGAAGCUCCCAGAGCACCUCUGGAUGUAAAAGAAUAAAAGUACUUCUACUACCAGAGCAUACGGUACAAAUAGAAAGACAUUCGGAUCAACUGCUUUGAACGUGGCUAUACUGGUGAAACAGAUGUAUGUUUCAGUGACAGGCAAUGGGAUGUAGAGUAGGGGACAGACAGGGCAUUAUCUGUUAGGCAGGGACACAGGACUGCUGGUUCUACUUUUGGGUGGAGUGAAGAUGACAUGGUCCUCUUAGACGAGCCCGGCUCACUGUGGUGCCCAGGAGGGCAUGAAGAAGCAAGUGAAUUUACUGAAGGGAAAAAAAAAACCCAAACCAAAACAAGCCAGGCCUGCAACCUCCAUGCGUGUGGGCUGUGGGGGUAAAAGAGAAGGAAGCAGAGGAAUAGGAAAACGUGGGCAGGUAUAAGGAGAAGCUCUACAGUGAGGCCGGGCUGCCAGUUUGCUGCAUCCUGGCUAGGCUCUCAGGAUACUGUUCCAGUUUUGUGUGUGUGUGUCAGUGUGCGUCUGUGUGUUUAUAUCUGUGUGUGUCAUCAUGUGUUCACUGCAUGAAGCCUAUUCCUCUUCUUUAGUACCUCCCAUUCAUUCGCACUCUUUCUUUUCCAACGGGGUUGCUAGUUUUAGUGCCCUCUUCAAGCUGAGCCCUGGGAUUUCCACCAGAAGGAUGGCUCAAUCCUGCAAGGCACUAAGCACCCUCAGCUCACAACGACUAAGGCAGCGGAAACCCUUGCAGGACAGAGCACACAGUUUAGGAAGAUUUUUUUUUUCAAUAGUACUCUGCAGUGAGAAUACGAGAACAAAACUUGGAGUGCUCUUUUCCCUGAUUGUUAAUCCUUCUUUUCUUUUUUCUGCACUCAAACCAAUUUUGCAUGCAUCAGUCAGGAAGAGGUGCAACACACGUUGAUACUAACAGAGAGAAAGAGAUUAUACUCCGCUCUGAGUCUAAUCAUAGAAUAAUCUCUACUGUGGUUGAAAAGCAAUAAUGGCUAAUUUUUUUAUUAAAUACACUUGCACAGGCAAACGUCACCUACAGUCUGUGUUCUCCAGCGGCCAUGCUGGGAGUGGUGACGAUGUUGUGCUGAAGCUAAGGGGAGCAGCCGAAGGCCGCAGAGAGCUUGAGGGUGGGGGAGGCAAUAGAAAAAGCACACUGUGAUUUUAUUUGGGUCAAUGAGUGAGUGUAUUUCAGCCAUUCCUUCCCUUUCAAUAAUAUGUUUGUAUAAUAGAUAACCAGUUCAGCUCCUGAAACUAAGCCCGUCCUUUGCUGUUUGUCAGUAAAAUAGUUUUUUGCA